AUGGGGAACUGGACUGCAGCGGUGACUGAGUUUGUUCUGCUGGGGUUUUCCCUGAGCAGGGAGGCGGAGCUGCCGUUCCUGGUGCUCCUGCUGCCCACGUUCCUGCUGACUCUUCUGGGGAACCUGCUCAUCAUCUUCACUGUGCUGUCCUGCUCCCUCCUCCACACGCCCAUGUACUUUUUCUUGUGCAACCUCUCUACCCUGGACAUCGUCUUCACCUCAGUCAUCUCUCCAAAAGUGUUGGCCAACUUAGGAUCUGGGGAUAAAACCAUCUCCUUUGCUGGAUGUAUCAUCCAGUGCUAUUUCUACUUUUCCGUGGGCACAGUUGAGUUCCUCCUGCUGACGGUCACGUCCCAUGACCGCUACGCCGCCAUCUGCUCCCCUCUGAGGUACACCACCAUCAUGAGGCCUCCUGUCUGCAUUGAGACCAUUGUGUUCUCUUGGGUGGGAGGCUUCCUCUCUGUGCUUUUUCCAACCAUCCUCAUCUCCCAGCUGCCCUUCUGUGGCUCCAACAUCAUUAACCACUUCUUCUGUGACGGUGGACCCUUGCUGGCCCUGGCCUGUGCAGACACCACUGCCAUCGAGCUGAUGGAUUUUAUGCUUUCUUCCAUGGUCAUCCGCUGCUGCAUAGUCCUCGCGGCCUAUUCCUCUACGUACAUCAUCUUGACAAUAGUGCGCAUUCCUUCUGCAAGUGGAAGGAAGAAGGCCUUUAAUACCUGUGCUUCCCACCUGACCAUAGUCAUCAUUUCUAGUGGUAUCACUGUGUGUAUCUUUGUGAGUGCCUCCCAGAAAGAAUAUCUGGGGAUCAACAAGAUCCCUUUAGUUCUGAGCAGUGUGAUGACUCCAUUCCUCAGUCCCUUUAUAUAUACUCUGAGGAAUUACGCCGUGCAGGGAGUCCUCAGGGAUAUGUGCGUCAGGGUUUGAGGAGUUUUAGAAAAGAGGAUGAGGGCAGUGCUGAGGAGCAGAUUGUCCUCCAACAAAGACCACCAAGGAGGGGCUUGCUCUUCUCCACCAUGUAUGUAUUGUGUAAAGCUCCAGUGUUAG